ACAGUAGGCCUUAUGUUCUCUGAGCAACUCCAAUUUCCCCUCUCACAAGCUCACGUCUUUUUUGGUUUGUUUGUUUGUUUGUUACGCUGUCAUCUUUCAUCGCUGCUAGACCUUAAGGAGCUAGCCUGUUGCCAAGAACAUAAGUAUACAUAAAGACAUGGUAGUUUAAGUCACCACGCGCCACUGACAGGAAUGGGAGCUAAACUAGACCGUCCGCUCACACGCGAGAACAGACCCGGCGGCGCUCAGCCUGCGGGACUUUUGACACCAGAAAGCCAAGAGGACCAUGGCAUUGCCACUCUGUACAAUAACGAUUUGGAUCAUUCAAGCAAGAGUUUCGGUUUUGCUGGGAGAAGGCCAAGGGGCUGCAUUAUUCAGAGACUCUCCUUCCCAGCCGCGUGGACAGGAUUUUUCAAGCCACAUUCAAUUGAUAGGAUGAAAAAGUUUAAGAGAAGGCUGUCCCUCACACUUCGAGGAAGCCAGACUAUUGAUGAAUCAUUAUCUGAACUGGCCGAACAAAUGACUAUUGAAGAAAACAGCAGCAAAGAUAAUGAGCCUAUCGUGAAGAAUGGCAGACCCCCCACAUCUCACAGUGUGCACUCCUUCCUCCACCAGUACACAGGGCCUUUCAAGAAGCCCCCGUUGCGGAGACCCCACAGUGUUAUCGGAGGCAGCCUUGGCGCCUUCAUGGCAAUGCCCAGAAACGGAAGCAGAUUAGAUAUUGUCCAUGAGAAUCUAAAAAUGGGAUCAGAUGGUGAGAGUGACCAAGCUUCUGGGACAUCAUCUGAUGAAGUCCAGUCACCUACAGGUGUUUGUCUCAGAAAUCGUAUACAUAGACGAAUCUCAAUGGAGGAUUUAAAUAAGCGGUUAUCCCUGCCUGCAGAUAUCAGAAUACCUGAUGGAUAUCUUGAAAAGUUACAAAUCAACAGUCCACCAUUUGAUCAACCGAUGAGCCGAAGGUCUCGUAGAGCUUCCUUAUCAGAAAUUGGGUUUGGGAAAAUGGAAACCUACAUCAAAUUGGAAAAGCUUGGAGAGGGUACAUAUGCAACAGUAUAUAAAGGAAGAAGUAAAUUGACAGAGAAUUUGGUGGCAUUAAAAGAGAUCCGAUUGGAACAUGAAGAAGGUGCACCCUGUACAGCUAUAAGAGAAGUUUCUCUACUAAAGGAUUUAAAACAUGCAAAUAUAGUAACCUUACAUGACAUUGUUCACACUGAUAAAUCUUUGACUCUGGUCUUUGAAUAUUUGGAUAAAGACCUAAAACAGUACAUGGAUGACUGUGGGAACAUCAUGAGUAUGCACAAUGUAAAGCUAUUUCUCUACCAAAUUCUACGUGGCUUGGCAUAUUGCCACAGAAGAAAGGUGUUGCAUCGAGACUUGAAACCACAGAACCUCCUUAUUAAUGAAAAAGGAGAAUUAAAGCUAGCAGAUUUUGGACUAGCCAGAGCCAAGUCAGUUCCUACGAAGACCUACUCAAAUGAAGUUGUCACACUGUGGUACCGGCCACCCGAUGUGCUUCUUGGUUCCUCCGAGUACUCAACACAGAUCGACAUGUGGGGUGUUGGUUGCAUUUUCUUUGAAAUGGCUUCUGGAAGACCUCUGUUUCCAGGAUCAACUGUGGAAGAUGAACUACACUUAAUUUUCCGACUACUAGGAACUCCAUCUCAGGAAACUUGGCCAGGUGUUUCUUCAAAUGAUGAAUUCAAGAACUACAACUUUCCAAAAUAUAAACCACAGCCUCUAAUAAACCAUGCACCAAGGUUAGACUCUGAAGGAAUUGAAUUGAUAACGAAAUUUCUUCAAUAUGAAUCUAAGAAAAGGGUUUCAGCAGAAGAGGCCAUGAAACAUGUAUACUUUCGAAGUCUGGGACCAAGAAUUCAUGCUUUACCAGAAAGCAUAUCGAUAUUCAGUUUGAAAGAGAUUCAAUUGCAAAAGGACCCGGGUUUUCGAAAUUCUACUUAUCCAGAGACAGCUCAGUAAAUCUUCAGAGAGACAUCUGACUCAGUCAAGUCAGGGAUCCUGAAAGCUGCAGAUGGCACAGAGACCUUUACAAGUGGCCUGGCUUGAUCACUGCACUCGCCACCCCUGGUACCUGAGGCAGAAGACACACCUUGUGCUUCCCUAGUCAUCAGGUUCAUCACUUCGAAGCAUAGAAGCUAUAAACUGAGCCCAUCGACAAAAGGGUCAUUUAAGACAGUGCUGAUCACUCUUACCGUGGAAUAUUAGCUUUUGCUGGUGGGAACAUUAGCUUCCUAGAGUCACCAAAUACUGUAUGUGGGAUAAAACUGAACCUUGAACUGCCUCAUAAAAUGACUUUAUAUUUUAGGACCGGGGAAGAACAGAAGACAGAGCAUGCUCUUUUAAGUCUGAUAACAUGGUUUCAAGCCCAGCCCCCAGCCUUUCUUACCAAUCAAGGACUCAGAUCUGAAGGCAGUUAUUUCUUUUGGUGGACUUGGAAUCUCCGUUUGUCUGCACUGUCCUCUUCACAGUGGAGUCUUUUUAUUUCAGACCUACAGAUUGUUUUUAUAUUUGUUGUCACAAUGUGACAAUUUUUUGUACAGUCGGUUUUAAGGUCUUCUCUGCCAUUAGAGCCAGUAGGUUACAACUAUUGAUGUAACUGUAGCUGCAAUUUUUGUGCAGGACUGAGAAACACAGUGCAUUAUUUAUUGCGGAAUCAUUGCUGCUAAAUAACUACUGUCUGUUUAUUUAACACAACAGUUGAAUGCCUAAAGAAGUUGCAGUGGCUUUAUUAUAUGUGAAUGCAUCUGUUUCUCCUCAUGAAUUGUUUUACUGCUGCAUUUUUGUUUGUUUUUAAAAAUAAACUGCAGUGUUUCCUGGAAUAUAUAUUUAGCUUUGCUUAACAGUAAAAUUAAGUGAGCCAUCUUGAACACUCUUAAGUUUGUGCUAUAUAAUUUCUUAUUGAACAUUGGCAAAUAGAGUAGCUAGAGAUUGAUAAGCACAUUAUGUUUAGAAAAGCAUGUUGAUGCAGAAGUUGAUUCAAGCAAGUGAAUACCUGACAUUUUGGGUUUCUCACCUUAGACACCAAUAAAUUAAAGCACCAAAAUUAUUUAUUGUUAUCUAUUCCUCAUUUUAGAAAAGUCUGCUGCAUAUUACUGGAUAUUUGUAUACUAAUAGACUUAACUAUUUUACACUGUGCUUUAAUUUAGUUAAUACUUAACCAUAUAAGUUCAUUUAAACAUGAGAGUCUUGCUUAUGUUUAAGUACACUUCUUUUUUUAGAAAGGAUGAUACUUCAUAGGGGCACGGUUUAUUUCAUUUGGGGGCUAUGUAUGUUUCAGUAACAUUCACUUGCAAUCAGCAUAAAGCUAUAAUAUGUCUUUGAAAUGAGCCAUGAUAAAUUUCAAAUGAGAGAAAUGAAAAUUUAGAGGAUUGCUUUGAAGCAUCGUAGGUAUUAUCUGUUUAUCAGAGAUAAUAAAUAUUAUAGUUUUAAUUAUGCAUCUCCUUGAACAUCAUAAACACAGAUUGGUGUUAGUAACAGUGUUUUAAGCAUUUGUGUUCACCUUUAAGAACUAUUGUUUAGUGCAUCUUACAAACUAUAAAUCUUAAUUGGUAAAUUUUGAAAUGGUCAUGUAGAUUUUUGCCUUAUAUAUCAUGAAAAUAGUCAUAACUUAAUUUUUUUCCUGAUAUUCACUGUAAAACAUUCAGGGGUCCUACCAUUUCUGUUCAGGAAAUCUUGUAGUUUGUUGUUGUUAUUUAACAGUAUUAAAUGGGUUUUUGUAUAUUUCAUUUUAACUUUAUUUGUGAAUAGUGAUUGUGGCAUGUUUGGGGUAUUAUUUUAAUUUUUCAUGAUACUGAAAUUUUAAUUUUUUAAAAAAAUUUUCUGAAAGAAACAGAUUCAUGUGUGAUAGUGAAUAUUGGACCACUACUGCUUUUCACAUUUGUAAACUGGUUUUAUGUUAAACCCUAUAGCCUAACAAACUGCUGUUAUUUCUAACUGACAGACAUGUAUUAAUAUUGUACUUUGAAGGUUAUAAAUAUUAUGUGGAAAUUUCUCCAUUUUUGUUUUGGAAUUUAUAAUAACAAAUCUCCAUGUUGUAUAAGA